GCGCGAAGUUGUGGAGACGAGAUCAAAGUGGUCGAUCAAAGUGUACUGUGCUACAAUCUGACCGACAAACAAAGUUUUCUUCUCUUGCAUUGGGUAAAAUAUCUCAGGAAUCGUAUGUCAGUGCAAAGUAGAUCUGAUCUGAGGCAUAUUAUGUCUCUGGGGAGCGCGUGAAUAUUGUUGAUUCGUUUUGUGUCAAUGGAUGGAAAAUUGUGAUCGCACCUGCUAUGUUGGAACAAUGACCAAAGUGUGGCUGAGGUAUUUCAUUUCUAUGGCUUCUAUCCUGUUAUUAAUUUUAAUGAAUCUAAAAUCUAAAAAGCGAAUAAAAGGGAGUUUUAUGUUGUGAGUCUCGCACCUCAGCGCCUGUUUGUAAAACUCGGUUAAGCGGUGAGGGAUCCGUAGACCGCUCUGCAGAUCUCGUUGAACGUGCUUUGCGGUGGAAAUGGGGGUUCUGUUUUACAGUUUGACCAAUUGCUGGUUUAUUACUUUGUUUAUUACAUUAAGCAAAGUAUCAUUCGUCGGUAAGUUGAAUUGCUUUCCUUUAGUUUGACCGCGGCCCGUGUAAACGAUGUCGCGUCGAUUUCCGAGCGCUCAAGUUCUUCGUUUAGUACUUGAAUGCAACCGUAGCUGAUAAAACUAAUUCCGUUAUUUAAGCUUAUCUAUAGUUUGACAGUGUGAAAAGUAAUGAAAAUGAAACAAUUGUCGUUUUUCUUUGGGUUAAUAAUGUAGAAAGCUUAUCGAUUUAUUCAAGCUCAUUAAAAGAUUGUUUAUUAAGAAGCUGCCAUAAGAAAUACUCAAAUGUAGUUGUGUUACUUCUUGCAGAGAGUGUGUCCAUCACUUUAGAACCCGACAACCCUACUCAAGUCCUGGUCAAGAGCGAAGUGGUUCUACGAUGGAACUAUACCCUCGGUGGAGAUCGAUUCAGGGAGGUUGAAUUCCGAAGGACCAGGACCGGAGCCGAUGAAAAGAUCGGACUGAUAGAUAGAGAGGUGUUUUUGUACUUAGCAUUCCGAUCGGGGCGAUUUGAAGUUCAGGCGCCGGCAACCUUGGUAAUUCGCAAUGUCACGGCGGACGAUGCAACUGAUUAUAUACUCACAGUUGAAGCUAAAACAUCUUCUGAUAUAGUAACCGCAGAAAGUUCAAUAACCCUCGAUGUUCUCCGUGAGUUUCCUUUUGUUUUUUUAAUGCUUGUUUAAAGCGCAACCAGUAAAUCCUUGAUUUGUCUUAUGUGUGCUGUCCUUCUGUUAAAGUAUCUAAAAUAUUGGGAAGUUGUGCGAAAUUUAGGAGGUUGCAUGGUGAGAAGAAAAUGUCUACAUAUCAAAAAUAUCUUUAUACAUGUAUGCGACAAACUUAGUCCUGUUUCAAAUGUUGUACUACUGCUGUGCUGAACUCAAUUGAUAGAAUUAAUUCUACUUUGGCACGGUAGUGGUGCAACAUUUUAAUAUAAAUCAUUUUGUUCAGCAACUUGAAUUUAGUUCACAGCAAUUAAAUUUGACCGGGUCUGCCAUGCUACACAGCAGUAACACCACUUGUUUUCAAACGUCGUGCUAUUGCUUUGCUGAACUCAAUUCAUAAAUUAUGAAAAUGUGUAUGUUUAAUUGUUUUGACUCUACUGCGCUUGACUGCGACGUUUUUCUUUAUUUUGAAUUUGACGCGACUGAAUUGAAUUCAACGUUUAAAACCAAUCCCUUGCCAUUGCCGUGCAACUUCCUGAUCAAAUUCAUUUGAGUUUGACACCGCAGUAGCGCAACAUUUGAAACAGGCCUUACAUGCAAUUUUUCUGAAGAUUUCAUGAUCAAAUGGAAUUCCUACUGUCAUUAGAUUUGCAACAACAUUUAAUACUCUGCUCAGUAGCCUUGAAUUAGCAUUUUACACGCAAAUUUGUUUAUAUAUUACUUUUAAGAAACCUGACAAUCAUUUAUCUUAGUCUCAGACUAAAACUAACUUUCACGUAUUCUUGUGGUGAAAACAGUGAAGGAAUUCUUGACCUUUUACUGGCGCUUUAAGUUUGCAGAUGGAAAUAGGAAGUGUAUGCAGUGAUGUUGUCUCCCAGGACUGACUAUAGUUUUGUUAUGAUUUCACUUUAAGCUGCAGAAGACACAUAAUGCCAACAACAUCCACUUACCUGGCAGUUUCUAUUAUGACUGCAAUAUCUUUCCUUACAAAACAAUGUGUUUUUUCACCAAACAAUGAAACUGUUAGUCCAAUAUCUGGUCAUUUCUGUGGAUACCAUGUAGCUCAGAAGUGGGCAGUGACCUAAAAAAUGCUUCAGUUCUCUUCCCAAACAAAGAUUUAGAAAUGCUUUUGUGAAAGGCUUUGAUCAAUUUCGCAGAAGAAUGUUUUGAAGAGGAAAGCCUUUUUUUGGUCUUGCCCCCCAAACCUGCCUGGGACACAACACUAUGUGAGUCUGGUAUAAGGUAAUUGCCAAUGACCAAGCCGAGCGAAGACGGUUGGCUUGCGAGGUGGCCAGCUUAAUGCCACGCAAAGUAUUGUGGCAGGCAGAAAAAUUCUUGAUCGUGCUGUAAGGUGUAGAUUCCCUGGGGAUUUUAGUGGCGUUAGAUUUCAGUUGUAGUUUCACGUGACUUUUGAUGACCUUUGUUGUAAACAAACGAACCUUCAAAGUUCGGACAAUGUCCCGGAACCCAACGCCUGCCAUGGUCUACACUAUGGAAAUGUAGUCACAUCUACAUGUACAUUUUACAUGUAGUGGAUGGGACCUUCCUAGGAUCAUUUUGUUCACACCCACUCAUAAUUUCAUGACUGAAACCCUGGUUGUGAUGGUUUGAGUUUUAAUCUUUGGAAAAAAUUUGCUUAACCAGGGGUCGACAGGAGCUUUUCAAGUUGGUUGCCCUUCAGGGAACAAAGCCUCACAAUUUAGUCGUCAGAGGAAGACUAUUACCGGUAGUUGCCCAAAACGUUCGGUACAAACAAAUUAAAUAAUGAUAUAACUGCAAAACAGUGGAGGCAUGUGUGGCCAAGCGGUUAAGACAGAAUCUGUCAGGAAAUUGAGUAAUUUCAAUUUUCAGUGGACAAAAACCUUAUACCAGAAUAAUUUAAAGCAUAUUGCACUCUUUUUUACAUUUUUCGAGGGAUAAAGAUGUAGUUAGUCAUCAGUAAUAACACCAAAAAAAAUUUCUUAUGGGAGCCCAAGAAAAUAAAUGUCAAAUUUUACAAUAUGACAUCUUACACAUGAAAUGUUCAGAAUUUUACCUGUGUUUUCACAAUUCUUGUGAAAUUUUGAAAUUUAUUUUCUCGGACAGAAAUUUCAGUUGCCCGAUCUGGCAACUAGGAUCCUGAACUUGGUUGCCCUGAGGAAAUUUUUUGUUGCCUUGGGCAAGCAGGCAGCCGUAAAUGCCUAGCCCUGUUAAACUCAACACAAUUUGUAAAAUUUGAUUUAAUUUUUUAUUAUAGUUCCAGUGAAUUUCACCUCUGUGCCAAGUAACAAGACGGCAAAUGAAACAGACGCAGUAACUUUCCUCUGUAGUGCUUCUGGAAACCCAGUGCCAACAAUCACAUGGCUGAAAGAUGGACAAACAGUGGGCAAUCAAACCACUUUAACAUUUACUGUAUUCAGAAACCACUCAGGGAACUAUUCAUGCUUUGCAGAUAAUGGCUUGAAUAUAACUGUUACUGCCAGUGCUUACCUUGAUGUCCAGUGUAUGUAUGAUUUUUUUUAG